UAUCACGUAUAAAAUCAAGGAAAUAGGAAAGACAAAGACAAUUUUAACGAAAUAACGAAAAUAAUGUUGAAGAUAGAUUAUUGCGAUCUAUUAAGUAUAGCUAAAUCCGAUAUUGAUAUGGUAUAUCAGGCCAAAAAUGAUUUUAUUCACUUUUGACGAUCUGAAAGAUAUUUCUCUCGUCUUUUAUAUUCCUUGCAAAACCUGAACAAUUUCUCGUUGAUUCUUGCGUAACAUAAAGAAACAAAAUUGGAAAUAGUUAAUUUAUAGUUUCACGCGCAGUGUCAAAAUGAAAAGACGCACGUUGUCGCAUUCAUAGAUUUGUACCUCUUUCAGGUAUAUCCCGUUGCAUACAUUUGACAGCGCGAAUGCCCUGCAGUCCGUGACACUGACGACACUCAGUGCCAAUAACGUGCUUUUAAGCGGGUUAAGGCAAUUUGCAUCGGAGUGACCAUGCGCGCCUGAAAUAGGUCGCUCUGCCAUCCGUCCGCGGAACCUGAUGAUUUUUUACGGGAACAAGUUCGUCGGCCGCGAGCGCGGUCGGCGUUUGCAUACAAACCAUGGGCGGAGGCUGGAAAUAUCCUAGAACCGAGUUCGACUUGAAACUUCAUGAAUAUGUGAAAGUACUUGUACGCCGGCGCUAUAGAGUAACUCGCGAGGAUGUGGAGGAAGAAAAGGGAAUUCUAAGACCGUCGCUGAGCGCACCGCGAUCUCUCUUCCGUCUCUUACUGACAAAUCGGGGAGAUAGGUUACCUACCGAGGGAAAUGGAAGGGAAAGCUUUUGGAAGAAUUACGAGAGGCGAACGAUGUCGCGGACAGAGACACGCCGUGUCGAUAUCUCUUGUACCCGAGAUAAGAAUGUCCUCCGUCGAGCGCGCACGGGGCACGAAUGAAAAUGGAUCGGUCGCGGAAAAUCCACGUAUCUAUGCGGAGACGAAUCUGCUUAACGAGAGGCACCACUCGAGAAUAAGAAACGUCUUCGAAAACAUUUAAACGUUUGAAAUGGAUUUAUUACACGUUUACACGUCUCGAGAUUAAGCCGUAUGCUUCUAAUUUGAAUUAAAUAAGGGACAAGGUAAUAUCACUUUGAAGAGAUCUUAUAAUUUAGUGGAAUCCGUCGAGCGCGUCUGCCUUCAUCUAACGGCUUGAUUUUUCUUAACAAGUAUGAGAAAGGGGAAGCGAGGGAGAGAUAUUUUUCAUUGCGGAUUUUUUAUCUCGGAAUGAAGUUUCUCGACCGAAAAAAAGGAGAUAAAAAUAUUAAAUCCAGUGCGGGAUAAUCAGGAUGUGUCGCAAGACACUCACAAGCGGAUUCGUACUUUGAAGAUGACACUUUUUGCAAAAGCGUUUUUCGCAACCGCGCGAGGCGUUAUUCCCGACGAGGGCGAAAUGAAAUUUUGUCGGUUCGAAAAGCGCGAGCGGAGCAACGUUCCCGGUGACAGAAGUUUUCAGCUUGGUGGAGGAACAAGUGAAAAUGUCUGAGAUGCCCGGAAGUUCCGCGGCAAGUUAUGGCAGCUUUUUUCCGCGUUGGACGUCAACGCGGAGAGGCGGUUUGUUACUAUCUCCGGCGUUCCCGGACGAAUUUCAGCCGGGAGAAGGAACAGGUGGAGGACGAAGAAUAAUGCUCUCUUCGUGGGUAGCUGUACCUCCUUGUGCCGCCAAUUCGCGAAGAUUGAAUUGUCUGCCCGACGGAGUGACUUGUCGUUACGCGGCUUACACCGGCGACGAGCUUGCAACCUCCAUCUACGCGAUGAAAAAUCUUGGCGGGGCUGCACGUUCAGCAAAGCGGUCGUAACGAAAGAAGAGACAUGCUAGGACUUAGCUUCAUAGCCUGCUUGGAUGCAAUUUUUUAGUAAUAAGUUAAAAAAUGUCAGUAAUC